CUGCACACGACUUCCUCUCUCUCACAGAACUCACUCAGAACUCAGAACAUAAGUUGGGCUACGCUACCUCAACUAUCUUGACGGGUGGCGGUGAGAUCAUUCUUGUAUUGCAGUUGAGUUUCAUGCUCUUUUGCUCAAGCCUCCAACCACAAUGUCUGCAUCUACUGGAAUAGGAAUUGCAGCUCGGGCUCCUCGUCAAAGUGGUUUGAAGAAACCACGACCUCUGCGGUCGGUUUCUUUUCAAGACAGUGUUACUGAAAAAAGGGACUGUGAUGUGAAAGGUUUUCAGAGACAGUGCAGUGAAGGAUCAGCAGGCCAAGCCAGCAUGGCUGUUGAGGGUGCCGAAGGUCAGCAAAUUGUGAUGUGCAAAGAAAUAGCUGCGAUGAGUGCCAGGGUGGCUUCUGCGGCGGCAUCUGAGGCUGAUGGCCGACUUUCUAUGCAGGCAGAAUUCUAUAACCCAGAAAGACAGUAUGUCUUGCAUCAUAAAGUGAAUAAACAUGAGUCGUCCUCGACCUCAACAUUGUGUGAUGAGUCCAGAAGUCCAUUGCCGGGAAAAAAGACUUUGGUAGACUGCAAUUCAAACAAUAUUAGCUUACCUGAUGUGGAAGACGAAUUUUGUUCCAACAGUUUCUCUUUUGACCAGUACCGGAGAAAUGAGCUCAACUGUUCAUUCUCCAGUGAUUCCAGUCGACAUAGCAGUCAAGACAGUUUCAACUCUGGCAAAGCCCAGGUAGCUGAUUUGGAUAUUUCCAGGUCCCUGCUCUCUUUGAACAAGGGUGAUGAAACUUCAAUCUCCCCAAGGAGCGGCAAAACAGGCGCGAUUGCUGUUGCAACUCUAGCCACUGACAAGGGAGAUGACCUUGUGUUGACUAGUAGAAACAUGAAGACUAUUCUUUUUGCAGCCAGGGUUCUGUUGAGAGAGAUGAAGGCCAGAGUCAUCAAGAUAGAACAGAUGUCUGACCCGGAUCCUGAAUCUGCUACUUCCGAAGUUCAGAAAAGUCCUUUUGCUGAGACCCCUGCACAAGCUGCAGGAGAAUCUAUUUCGAGGAAAUCAAGGGAAGCAUCGAGUGACGUACCAGACCAGGCUCGGUCACAAAAGCGUAGGUACAGCAAGGCAGAGCUGCUGGAGCUAAGUCGUUCCUCCCUGUCGAAACAGACUCCAGCGCUGUGGAAUGUCUUGUCCAGGACCUGCGCAGAUGUUUGUUUACCAGCAGACAAAGUGAUGGAUUAUUUUGACCCUGACUUCUUCGAGCACCACGACGGGGGACUGGUUGUUGACAGUAGCAAGUUUCGUAGGGAGAGAUAUGACUAAUCAAGGAAGAGUUUCAUGAACAGAGGAGUCAUCCCAUAAAUGGCAGUAUUAUGACUGGACAAACAAAUUUGUAAUUCAUGAGCCGUUUUAUCAUUUACAAACCCAAAAACCAGAGCAAAAACUUUGUCUUGACUUGUUCUGUAUUUUGCUGAACACUGAAUGCCUGUAUACCAACACUUUUAACUGUAAAGUGAUAUUAUGUCCUCUUGUCAUUUGUUUUCUGCAGUCUGUUGUAUUUUUUAACACUUGUUUCAUUUGAAAAGAAAACCCCCUCUCUGAAGACUUUUCCAUUGGUUUUUGGCGAUCAGUAAAGCUGUACAUAGUUUUAAAAAGUCAGUCAAUUUUCUUUCAUCAGUCCUGUAGACACAUCAGACUGUACUGUCCCGUUCUUACUCUAUGCAUUCCUUUAACAAUAUUGCUUUAGUUUAGAGCUCUUUAUUGUGCUAAUGAGGGCUCUGGAAAUGAAGCUGCUUUUGUACUGGCAGGGGGUGUGGUAGGCCAGUAACAAGCGAUCUUAGAUUGGACUCGGCUAAUUUUGCAGUGUGUGUAAUAAAAUAAAUGUUGAAGUGCUAUAUUUUCUGUACAAUUUUUCCGAAUUUUCCAUAAGCCAAAGACACCCCCUUCCGUCUCCUUCCUUAAGCUCCUGACAAGCUGUUCAGGUAGAUUCAUGCCCAUAAUGCUUUUCACUCAGUUAACCGAGUUCAUUUAGAUCUUUGUACAUAAUGUCAGCGAGUUUGAUGUUGUUCUGGUUAGACUGAGGCUUUCCUUUCAUGUCAAUCUACAGCCAUCCCAGUGCACCACAUAGUGUCAGGGUUGAUGUAUAGUAUUCCCUCACCAUAUUGCUGUUCACACUUUGCCGGCUUAGUAAAUCGCAUUUUAUCAUGGGUGGGCCACAAGCUUGGCAGACUGUCCGGACACAAUAAAAAUCAGGCACAGCUUAAUUUUUGUGUGUCUGGCUGCUGGAUUGUCUGUUGGCUGUGGAUGAUAAAAUUCUCAUUCAUAAACUUAGGAAAAACUGUCCUUUUGGAAAAAUAAAUGUCAAUUCCGAACCUGCGGUUCGCAAUUUAAAAUGUCUCACAAAUGACUUUUUUUUUACUUGCUGGAAUUUUGAAGUUCACAAACAUUUUUCUUUUUUUAUGAAGACUAUUUCAUAUAAUAUUUUGUUAUCUCAAAGAGCACAGGCAACUGUCAGUUUUAACUGAAUGUGUAAUACCCCCUUUAUUUGUUGGUCUCCAUUGCUGGUUGCAGGUUUAUUGUUGUCUGUACUACAGCCUUUACCAACACCUUUUCUUUCUUGUUGAGGGUAACACACACUAAAGGUGCGACCUUUCCAGCAUUGCCACAUCAUGUGAGUGAGAAUGUACAGUAUUUUGAUUUUGGUAAAAUUAUGAACAGAUAUGUACAAAUGUUUUAUUUUUAAAUACCAUUGGUCUGUCAUAUUCCUUGAGUAGAAAGUGUUUUUUAUAAGAGCAUUUGAGAAGCUUAAAAAAGUUCUUGGAGGGUUUAUAAAGAUGUAAAAUAAGUAUCAAAUAUAUAUUGUUUUGACCCCAUGGAUUUUCACUUUUUGUGGGAAAUUAUGGAAUAUAUCCCCCACAAUAUUUGAGGGAAUACUGUAGAACUUGUAGUAUGGUCGCCUUCUUUCCAGUGUCUUUCCAGGGUCAUGGGCUAGUCAUGAGUCUCCUAAGUCACCCGUAAGCCAUUGUUUGAAUCUGAAAGCAUGAAACUGUUUCUGUAGAUAGUGUACAGUUUUAGAUUGUCAUUGUUUUCCUAAUGCCCUUCAGUCUUUCUUGACCAAAUAUUGUCACUUGUCUAUGCUUUAAAAAAAAAAAGAUUUUGCCUUCUUUUCUGACACUACCUUUUCAGCUCUUUAUUCAAAACCGAGAAUCAAAGUCAGUGAAACAGAAUAUAAAUGUUGCAGAUUUUUUACAUUCUGGAUU